AUGGCCGACGGCAAGGAUCAGCCCCAGCAGGGCAUUGAGCCUGCUCCUGCUCCUAUUCAGCAUCAGGUCGAGAUGGGCGAAUACCAGAGCAAGCAGGACAUCACCCAUGUCGAGCAGGUCUUGUCUGGGGAAGAUUUGAAGAAGGAUAAUAUGGACACUAGCCGUGUCGACAAAGAAGUUCAGGCCUAUGCCGCCGAUGUGGCAGUGGAGAUCGAUCCGGAGACUGACAAGCGUCUCAAGCGCUUGAUCGAUCGUCGUGUUCUGGUCAUUAUGAUCUGCACGUACUUCUUGCAAGCUCUGGACAAGGGAACUAUGUCUUUCUCUGCUAUCAUGGGUAUCAAAACGGAUGCACAUUUGGAAGAUGGCCAAAAGUAUUCCUGGUUGACAACCUGUAUUUACAUCGCCGUCCUCACGGUCGAAUACCCGACCAACUGGAUUAUUCAACGCGUUCCAAUUGGUAAAUACCUCGGCAUCAACAUUUGUCUCUGGGGUACGAUUCUGGCCCUGCAUGCUGCUUGCCACAAUUUUGCUGGACUGGUCACCGUCCGCACCUUGCUGGGUAUCUUCGAGGCCUGUUGCCAGCCUAUCUUUGUCACAUUGUCAUCCAUGUGGUAUAAACGCGAGGAACAAGCAGCCACCGUCACAUACUGGUACAUGAUGAAUGGCGCUCAGCAAAUCGUCGGCGGUCUUCUGGCCUAUUGCUUCACUCUGAUCGGCUCGGAUAAGGUGCUCAAGUCGUGGCAGGCGCUAUUCCUUACGUACGGAUGUAUUUCCGUCAUCUGGGGUCUCUUCGUCAUCUGGUACAUGCCUGACUCCCCCAUGCGUGCCAAGUGCUUCACUGAGGAGGACAAGCGCCUGAUGGUCGAGCGUCUGCGUUCCAACCAAACCGGUAUUCAGAACAGACAGUUCCGCGCAUACCAGAUGUGGGAAGCCUUCCGUGAUCCUCAGAUGUGGUGCUACUGUGCCGUGCAGAUGUUCACUACUCUCCCCACCAGUGGACUCGGUGCUUUCUUCACUAUCAUCAUUAAGAGUUUCAAUUUCACUACUCUGCAGACUCAGUUGCUUGCUAUGGUGCUGGGUGCUUAUAUUAUUGUUGUUCUGUUAUCUUCGGCUUGGUUGGUGAAGAGGUUUAACCAGAACUUGCUGGUCAUGCUGGGUUUCAUCAUUCCUUCAUUUAUUGGAACAAUCGUCCUUAUGACUGUUGAGAACACCACUUUGUCCACCAAGGUCGGCCUGUUGAUCAGUUACUAUAUCACCAUGUCCUUCUGGUCCGCCCAAACCCUCACCCUGUCAAUGGUGUCCCGAAACGUCGCCGGUCAAACCAAGAAGGCAACCGUCGUUGCAGCGACAUUUGUUGCUUGGGCUACUGGAAACGCCAUUGGCCCCCAAGUCUUCCUUGACAGAGACGCGCCCCGGUACCAUAUCGCCUGGAGUGUCCACCUCGCCUGCUAUGCAUGCAUGGUCUCGGCUGUCAUUUACCUCCGUUUCUAUCUUAAGCGCCAGAACGCCAAAAAGGAUAAGCUGUUGGCUGAGGCUGGACUCACUGCCGCCGACCCGAAUCUCAUCCACGCUUUCGAGGACAAGACUGAUCAGGAGAACAUGAACUUCCGAUAUGUUUAUUAG